GCGUGCAUGCGUAUCCCGUCCGGUUGUCCAGUUAGUUUUGUCAAUGCCCGUGAAAUGAUACCCUCAAUGCUACCGAGAACCUCCACAUGGACGAACGAAUGCAGUGUCUCUCCGGCGGGGUGAAACGACCUCUAACAAGCCACAACAUGUGGUAUGCUGCAGAAAAGUCAAUUCCUUCAAUGAGAGACAUUCCCGAUUCCUCCCUCGGACGGAAAUUCAUCUUUGCUACCGGGAGACGAGGAACGCGAAGAGAAGACGAAACCGGCGGCCUUGAGCAACAUCUGGUCACCAUUGAAAUCAUGAGGUGGAAUUUCCCAAACAUCGCAACAGCCCUUCUAGGGUGCUUGUCUGUUCUACCAUCUGCUUUUGGGUGGACGAAUCCGAUCCGCAACCCUGGAGGGAGCGAUCCUUUCGUUGCAUAUUCCGGGGGCUAUUACUACCUGCUCACGACAUCAUGGACGAAUGUGGAAAUCGCACGGUCAACGACUGUAGCCGGUCUUAAGACUGCAGCCAAAAAGGUCGUGUACUCUUCUACUACGGCCUCAAGAUGUUGCAACGUCUGGGCCCCAGAGGUACACUAUCUUGGUGGCAAAUGGUACAUCUAUUUCACCGCAGGCAAUGCCGACAAUCUGGAUGGACAGCGGCUGCAUGUUUUGUCUGGCGGCAGAACCCCUUGGGAUGAUUAUACCUACACCGGCCAGCUGACGAAGGAAUGGUCGAUUGACGCCUCUGUCCUCCGCUUCAACGCCUGGGGCAACUUCUUGAUGUUUUCCUGCUUCCAUGGCGCUAAAUAUCAGUCAAUCUGCCUGCAGCAGCUGGGCUCCGACUACGUCUCUCUCACAGGAGAGAUUCAUGUCAUUUCCCAACCGACCCUGCCUUUCGAAAAGAACAGCCACCCGGUGAACGAAGGUCCUGUCGCUCUGUACUUCAACGGAGUGACAUAUAUUGUGUACUCGGCCUCCUACUGCUGGUCGCCUGACUACUGUCUUGGGCAGUUAACUUGGGAUGGCACCAGUGAUCCGCGAACAGCCGCUGCAUGGACCAAGCAUAAUGGAUGUGUUUUGUCGUCUGCCAACGGCAAUUACGGAACCGGCCAUAACUCUUUCUUCCUGAGUCCCGACGGAACCGAAACUUGGAUUGCCUAUCAUGCAACGAGCAACAGUGCUGGAGCGUGCGAUAACAGCCGAUACACCAUGAUUCAAUCGAUUGGAAAGCAUACAAACGGCACACCGAAUUUCGGAAAGCCUGCCCAUUGGUCUCAUGCGUAUGGCGAACCAUCUUCGUAGAAGGGAGAUACUCUGGGAGUGAUAUGAAAGACACUCCUGCAUCAGUGGAAGUUUAGUAUCUUGGUGUCAAUGGUGAAUAGCAGGGCCAUCCUAUACUGCUCAUGUUGAAUGAUAGCAACUAGCUAAAUAACUCUUCCUUCUUUCUGUGCUUUUUG